GAAAGUUACAUGUCACUCUGUGGUGUUCCCCUUUAUUCAGGCUAUGCUUCACAGACGACGGAAUGUAAAUGUCCUGUAUGGUGGUGUACGUAUGAUGUGCCAGUAAAGAAGGUUUCUCAAUCUUAUCUCUGGAUCUGGAUUAGUUCCUGUUUAAAUCAUGAACAAACCAAAGUGUCCUGGCUGUCAGGGGUCUGAUGAUAUCCGGAAGCUAGAAGGUCAGCGAGCAGUCUGCAAAUCUUGCUCUAAAGUAAAGCGGUGUGUGUUUCAGUUCUGCUGGGCCUGUCAGAGAGAAUGGCCACGAGAUGCUUCAACAACCAACUCCUGUAUGCUGCCAGACUGUGCACUCCGUGCUGCCCUUCUCAGUGUCAAGCAGAUUGAUGACCCAGAAAGCUCAGUGGUAGGGUGCCCGUAUUUCAGGGCCUGUCCAGGAUGCAAGGCCUUGCUUACACACAGUGGUGAGGGCUGCCCUAACAUCAUCUGUCCAAACUGUGAUGAGGAGUUCUGCUUUCGCUGUCUGGCUCCAGAGUGCUAUGAUGAUCAGUAUGAUGACAGUGACAAUGAGGAAGAUAUUGAGCCCGAGCCCUGUGUGAUAGUAGACAACACUCAGUGCCUUCAAGAUCUGGGACUCUAGUGGACAUCUGUGAGGAUAAACUACUAAAAAUACUAAUGUCAUUUGCAAAUGUAUUUGAUUUAAAAAUAGCAAGAGAAAGAAGAUCAUUACAUUUUAAGAAGACUAUUAUAUUACAGUCUUGUUUUUUCUAGAUAUUUAAAAAACAUCAACAAAACUAAGAAUAACCUUGCACUGUAAUGAAUUAGAGCAAAGUGGAAUUAGCACUGACAUAUUACUGCUUUUUUAUUUUAAUUUCAGUGGUUGUAGACUAUUAUCUGAUAAUAUUGACAUCAGAAUUUGUUAUUUUCAAAUUUUAAUUUAAAUUGAGAAGAAAGUUUAGCAGACCUUUAUCAAAUAAAACACCUUUAUCAAAUAAAUCAACUACUAAAACCCCA